UGUAAAGCGGCCGCUGCGCGACACGCAUCGAUCGAGGCACAACGACUAACCGGCUUCGCGGCACUCCUGCGAUGGCCGAGCUCGCGGCGGCAGAGGAGGACGCCUGGUCCGACGAGGACUGGCAGGCCUUUCCGCCGCUCUACACGCUGCAGCCGCACGCGGCGACGCGCGAGGCGCAGCUGAACGUGUGGAUCGAUUUGCUGUGGCGCUGGUGCAAGGCGCAGAACAGCUGGACCGUGGACGUGGCGAGCUGCGACGUCUUCGUCAAUGAAACCAUCAACCGGAGGCUCGACGAGAACGGUCGACGCGAGGUCGCGAAGGCGGCGUGCCGCGCGGGCCGCGGCGAGCUGCUCGAGAACGGCGCUUUGUUCGUCCUAGAACAGCAGCCGAAGGACCUCGCGCGGCAGCUCUACGAGUGGGCCAAGGCGACGGGCAGGCUCGGCGGCGUCUUCACGCUGGCGGAGCUCGACGACGACGGCCCGCUCGCGGGCGCCGACGCGCGGCUGCGGACGGCGGCGCUGGACGCGCUCGAGGCCGCGGACCGGUGCGCCGUCUUCACGGGCGCGACGUCGGCCGAGGCGGGCGUGAAGUUUUUUCGGGAGGAGUAG